GUCUUCAAUCUUCAGUCUUAUGUCUUCAUUCUUCUUUGGAUGCAGCAUUACAGAGAAACAGUGUCUCAUCCUGACUUUAGCUCUGAAAUCAAACCCAUCACACCUGAGAGAACUGGACCUGAGCGGGAAUAAACUAGGAGACUCUGGAGUGAAAAACCUCAGUGACCUACUGAUGAACACACAAUGCAAGCUGGAGAAACUACAUCUGGAUGAUUGCAGUAUUACAGAGAAACAGUGUCUCAUCCUGACUUCAGCUCUGAAAUCAAACCCAUCACACCUGAGAGAACUGAACCUGAGCUGGAAUCAAAUAAAAAACACAGGAGUGAAUCACUUAUGUGAUGUACUGAAGGAUUCACACUGUAAACUGGAGAGAUUGAGUCUUUAUCACUGUGGAAUUACAGAUGUUUCUUCUUUAACUCAGUCUUUGACAAACACAAAAGCACUGCAGUUUCUAAAAGAGCUUGAUCUGAGUUUUAAUAUGAUUGGAGACUCAAAGCAGCAGCUCAUUGAUGUGCUACGAGACUCAAACUGUAAACUGAGAGUGUAGAUUGAGAUUGAUUACCAAAAGUCCCUGAUAGAGUUCAGUCGCAAGAAAUACCUGUAGUUCAAUCACCAAAAGAGCAGUAAACAUCAGGUGAGGAUCCACAGAAGAGCUUCACUACUGUGUCUAUGAGGAGAAAGAAAUGUGUGAUAAAUGUGUGAAUGUGAUCCAUACAGGUGAAGAGACUCAGACUUUACAAUCAAAUAAUGCAGCAUGUGUGUUAGAAACAUGUGAUAUUGAAUGAUUCAUGUUGCUUUAGUAUUCAAGUGAUCAUUUUGUUUAAUAUAAAGCUGGAACAGAGGAGGAAGAAGCUCAGAUGAGUCUGUCUGGCUCUUCAGUUUAAUAAUAUUUGUAUUAAAAUCAUCCAUAAUGAUUCAAAUGUUUCUAA